AUGAGAAUUGUUUCGGAACAUGAUUGUCCCAAAAGCGUCGAAGGGUUUAGCUAUGACCCUGAACCUAACAGGAGUUUCGAUCGCUUGGUCUCUGAGACCGAGUCUUUUGAAAAGAAGCUCAAUGCUUUUACAAAGUUUCAUCAACCAUUCACUAAGACAACCUCAAGGACGGAUAUAGCAUUCGUAAUGCGUGUAUCAGAAGAUGAUAUGGAUAGUGAUGAAGAUGUAGAGAAUAAUGAUCAACAAGACAAAGAAGAAAGUCAAAUCUGUACCUGUGAUGAUCUAUACUUAAGCGAUGAUGAUGAGUUUGAUCAUGAACUUGAGUAUACGAUAAUGAAUAAAAUGGGGCCAGCCCUGGCUGAGAACGACCACCAAACCAAAAGCACGGAAGAUAUUCAAAAUCAAGUAUCAGUUGUUGAAAAGGAAAUAAGGAAUGAGAUUGAAAGGGCACUCUCUGCAAUAGCUCUGGUUGAGAAGUACCGCGAAAACCGUAGAGAAGUUGAACGGAGUCUUGAUCUUCAAUAUAAGCGAGAAGUUUCUGAAGCACUUGAGACUCAUAUGAAUGUAGUCAAACGUGAACAUGCAAUUAUAUCGAAGAACUAUGAAGACGAGUUUCUUGUCGGCGGAGUUUACUGCAGAGUUAGUUCAGCAUUACCAGAGGAAUGA